CGGCCUCAAUUUUCCGUAUCACAUACAAUUAUCCCCCGAAUUUCUGGAAUCCAGGGGUCUUCCUUCUAAAAGCCCGGUCGUGUGCAGCACGCGAUAUCGAGAAAAAAAAAGUCAAGUCUCGCAUACCCUGUGCCAUUCCAGAACCCGAAACCACAAUGUUCAAAGCAGCAUGGCGCCAUGCGGCGACCCCAGCAACUCUUCGAGUUUGUGGUAGUGCCGUGAAACCUGCCAAUUUCUUUUUCGGCGCCAGGAACUUCACUGUCUCGGGCUCAAAAGCCGCCAGUUUAUUUGGUGAAGUCACCCAAGGCUCCACAACCCCAGAACCCAGCACAACUGACGGGGAAAAAGACAGCUCGACCCCAGAAUCUCCAAAGGACGAUCUGAAAUUACAGCAGUACUACUUGGAAGAGGCAAAGAAGACGCACGUGACCAGAGACAAGUUUAUCAGUCCGCUCAAGAGACAGCUCUUCGACCUCAACGUAGCAAAGCACGGCUUUUUCAAAAACGGGCACGUGGUCACUGACAACGAGACAGGCAAGACUUAUCAGUUGACUUUGACUGCCGAGGAAAUCGAGAUUUUGGAGCCCUCUUUAUACAUAUCAUCUAGCCGGAUCAAAUCGUCGACUAAGAAGGCCACGCUUGUCAACAGAUUUGUGCGUGGACUCGAUGUGACAACCGCCAUCAACCAGUUGCAUUUCAACCCCAAAAAAAUGGCCACUGAGUUGGAACGCUUGUUGAAACAAGGCUUGGAACAGUGCCGCAAAGCAGGCUACGACGAGGACGGCUUAUAUAUCCAGGCUCUCUGGACAGGCUCUGAUGGAGAAUGGGUGAAAAGACCCGACAUUAAGGGCCGUGGGCGUACUGGUAUCAUCGAACAUCCAUAUGUUCAUUUGAGGGCUAUUUUGCGCACGAAACAGACCAAACAAAGAAUUGCCUGGGAGAAGCAGCAGGCGCUCUUGGCGGCCAAGCCACGUUCCUACUUGAACAAUGCUCCGUUGAACUUUAGCGUGCGUGGUUUGUACAAAUGGUGAGGCAAUGUAAAUAGGAGGACAUAUGCGUUCUCAAGGAAUAUACAAAACAAUCCCGACAAAGAGAUCAGAUACCGUUUUGGGGGCCUUUUCACUUGAAGUUGCUUUUGUACGCUCUUUCCGCUGGAUGGAUCCUUGAAGGGGAUACCUUUUCUGGCAGGCCAUCAUUUCUCUGCAUGAAGAAACCAUAUGGUGGCUUGAUGUAGAUGCACACUUUAGCGCUGAGCCCAUGUGUUGCCGCAAAGAGUUAUAAAGGGAUAUGCUUUAUAUGCCUUUUUGUAACAAUUUUGUUAUUGUUUUUUUGCUUUUGUUUUUGUUUCGUUUUAAGAUUAUGUUCUGUGCCUUCAGUUUGUUGAAAGACAAGCCCAGCUA